AUGCAAGAGAUGGUACUGCAAAAGUGCAACAAAGAGCGGAUCACACAUAAUACUCCACUUGAUUAAGAAUAAGCACAGUUAAAUAAGUUUGCGUAGCAAAAACAAGUGGAAAUAACAAUUAUCGAGUGUUAUGGUUGUGGAUAGAAAAGUUUGUUCACUCUUGGACUAGUGAAUGGUACAGAUAGGUGGAAGAAGAAGAAACAUUUUGAUUCUUUACCGAGGCUGUCUCCCAUUGAGACAAUUGGGACUCAAAUGAUUAUUAGCCACUAAUCAAGGAAAAGAGGAGAUAAAAUAAAUAUGAUCUUAGCCCGUACGGUUACUUUGGAACGUAUAAAUCAGUAUGAGGAGGAAAGGAAGAAAAAAGAAGGAUUGAAAUUUGAAGAUUUGGAUAGAAAAGGUCCAAAUCAAUAACUAAAGGAAGUGUAGUUGCGAUACAAAGACGCUAAUCACUAUCAGCAAGUAUUUUCACCACUAGUCAAAUUGGAAGAAGAGCAAGAUAAGUAAGUGAAGGAAGGAAAAGUAGUAAAAAGUGUGAAAGUGAAGUGGGAUGUUGAGUUUAAAAAAUGGGAAUUACAAUUGUAAUUAAUAAUGAGGAAAUCUGUUUGGAAUUACAUCAGAAUGAUACUCCUCCUAAUAAUAUAGAGGAAUGAUAUACAAUUGAAUGUAUCAGGGUGUCUAGAACAUUUAAAAGAAUGCAAAUAGGAUUAAAGAUAUUUCUUACACAAAGUAGUUCCACCAAUGAUCUUGGGAAGAAUCUAUACUUUAGCUCCUCCAACGGCAAUGGAUACCAAGGAAGCUAUCUGCUCCAAAUCUACCAGAUUUAAAUGUUUAUCAAGCAGAUGCAGUUAAGAAAGCUUUGAAGUCUCCAUUGAUAUAAGGUCCACCUGGAACUGUUAAGACUGUUACCAGUGCCACUAUUGUUUAUCAAUUAGUGAAGGUAAUAUUGUUGUUGAUUAAUUGGCUGAAAAAAUUAACAAAACGGAUGUCAAAGUUGUCAGAAUCUGUAUUAAACAAGAGAAAGUGUUAGUACAAAUAUUGAAUUUCUACCAUUGCACAAUUAGGUGCGAAGUUUGGACAUAAUAUCAUCAAUUAUAAGUAUUUUAUGAAUUGUUAGAUUAACAAGGAGAAUUAGAUUAAAUGGAUGAAAAAGUAUUCAUAAGAAUGAGAGAUAAGGCACAGAAGGAAAUUAUUGAGUAAGGUGGUAAAAGACUUAAAGAAAUGAGAUUCUUAUUUGUUUUGAUUAUGGAAGCAACUCAAGCUAUAGAGCCAGAGUGCUUAUUACCAAUGUUAAAGGGAGCCAAACUUAUAAUCUUGGUAGGAGAUCAUAGACAAUCGGGUCCUCAGCUUCGGUUGGCUUGGACAGAAGUUUGUUUGAAAGAUUAGUACAAUUAGGAAAUAAGACCUGUUAGAUUGUAAGUUCAAUGUCGUAUGCACCCUGAAUUAACUGUCUUCCCAUCCAACACAUUCUAUGAAGGCACCUUGCAGAAUGGAGUCACUAUAAGUGAUAGAACUCAUUCUGGCAACUUCCCUUGGUCAAAUAAGCAAAAGCCUAUGAUAUACAUUAAUGUAACUGGCCAAGAAUAACUAUCUGCAUCAGGCACUUCAAAUCUUAACACUCAAGAAGCAGUUGCUGUAGAAUAGACAGUUUACUAUCUUUAUCAGAACACCGUUAAAUUUAAUAAAAUUG